ACUGGCUCAACUGAGUGACUCCAUUUUAAUUGACUUGUUUCUGUGAGAGACGUUAGACCUUCAGCAUGGCAUCUGAAGAGCUUGCUAAGAAGUUGCAGUCGCGACUGGCUGCUGCGGAAGAGGCCGAGCAGAACCCCGAGACCGAACAGAGUGCGGUUCCGGUCCAAUCCCAGGAAUCCGAUCCUGGCUGUGGAGAUACGCCGUCCGAGCUGGCGACGAAACUGAAUCGCAGGCUUGACAUCAACGACGGAAAUGCUCCUACUCGGACCACUCGUGUUUUUAACCCUUACACUGAGUUUAAAGAGUUCUCCCGCAAGCAAAUUAAGGACAUGGAGGCCAUGUUUAAACGGUUUGACACGGGAAAAGAUGGCUUCAUCGACCUGAUGGAGCUGAAGAUACUGAUGGAGAAGUUGGGAGCUCCGCAGACUCAUUUGGGCCUGAAGAACAUGAUCAGGGAAGUGGAUGAAGAUAUUGAUGGCAAAUUGAGCUUCAGAGAGUUCUUGCUGAUCUUCCGUAGAGCUGCAGCUGGAGAGCUGCAGGAGGAGAGCGGCUUGAUGGCUCUGGCCAGGCUGUCUGAGAUCAACGUCUCCACUGAAGGGGUCAUGGGGGCCAAAGACUUCUUUGAGGCCAAGGUUCAGGCUCUGUCCCAGAGCAGCAAGUUUGAAGCUGAGAUUCGAGAAGAAAAAGAAGAACGCAAGAAGCAGGAGGUGGAGAAGAAGGAGCGGCAAGCUGCCUUCAAGCAGCUGCAGUCUGCUUUCUCAUGACCGCUGCAGCGUCACCUCAAGCAAAUCCAUGAAACCGAGCUUACCACUCCACUCACACUGUAAGAAGCAACAUAACUCGGAACAAUAAGGUUUAAAAACCGAAAGGAAAGUUGAACAAAUGUAUUUCACGCUAAUGUAUUUGUAACUAAAUUUCCUGUGAAAUCACAGACCACUUUUCCAUAGUUUCUGCAGCUACUUAACAAAACUCUAACAUGCAGAACCAUAGCUCCGGACGCGUACGAUGAUUCCUGUUAUCUUUUAAGUUUCUGUAAACCCGAAUGGCUAAAUCUGCAUUCUGUGAAUUUGUUGAGAAGAUUUCACCCUGAGGGAACUCUGAAUUAUUUUUAUUCAUUCUUUCUACACUGUGUGCUGCUUGUGAAAUAUGUUUAACAUUCCAGUUUUUUCAGGGUUUGUGCCACCUGAUGUUGUUUACCCUAAACACAGUCAUAAUUUUAGUGUGACUUUCCCUACUUUAAUAUUUCCUACAAAUAAAAAUAAGAGUGUCAAAAGUAAGUUAAUGAGACCCUAAGAUCAUAUUGUGAGUGUAUGGUUUUGAACAAACUGCUCCUGCGUUUGUUGGCUUCCAGUAUUUCUCUGAGAGAAUUAACAAAAUGCGUUUGGCAAUGAUUUGGCAAUAUAUAAAAUCUCCCAUCUCCCUACCGUUGUAUUUCAUCAUGAAGAAUUUUCUUUGUAUUCAUCAGAAUUAAUUUCACCUGUCUGAGAGCAUCACAGGUGUUGAUGACAAUAUACUCUUUUUACUAAAAGUGAUGUGUUAUUCCACAGAAGGUGUUUGAAACUUUGACCUCCUUUAUCACAGAGUUUGCUUGACAAAGUCCAAGCACAAAGUUUAUCAUUCAGGCUCUGUGUUGAACAAUAAGACUUGUGGUCUGUAUCCCACAUUGUGGGUUCCCUCAACACACAUCUAAUGCGUUUUGUGCACCGAAAGCAAUGUGAACAGUAGACUGCAUUUUCAGACUUUAUUUUAGUUCUACUGAGGUGGGUCACGCUGUGUCCCUUGCUGUGCUACACAGAUCCAGAAUUACAGGGUCUGUUAGCUUUCAGCUUGAUGUGAAUCAACCUGUGGAUUCUUACAAUUUGAAAACACGGAUUUCUAUUUUUUGGGCAUGUUUGAAGGAGGCUGUGGUUAUAGGCACAUGCAAUAUUUGGAGUCGUUUCGAUGACAAAAAAGAUUAAAGAUUAAAGAAGCAGUCUGUCAACAGUGGACUAGUGAUCACAGCUUUCAUUUUUAAAAGCACAUUCAGCAUUUGUUGCACAAUUUAGAAAGGCUUGCUGGAGCCAAAAGUAAUUGUUGGGGUUGGAGAAAACUCCCCAGUCUAGAUCUGGUUGGAAGUCCGGCUCAUUGGUGCACCAAGCCAGAUUUCUGCAUGAUUUGUUUUCAGCCAAUAGGAAGGGAUCUUUGACAUUUAGUCCCAGUCGGUGCUUCAGUUUAUCUGAUAUCAGAUUAUAGAUUAUUGCUGAACUCUAUUUCGUCUUGUGCUUAGUGACAUUGAGCCAGCAGAAAGCAUGACCUUCCUGAAGUGGAAUACAGCUGUUAUUACCUGUGUAUUUGUUGCCAUUACGUCACAAUCUGCUGAAAAUAAAUUCCAUUUCAUUUCCACAGACAAGAGCUACAAGGUUGUAGUAUUAACUGUAGUGUGUUCAUAGCAACGUGUAACAAUUCCAAACUGAUACAAUGUUUGAUGUAAUUUUUCCUGUAUUCAUUGUGUUAAAUUGACUGUUUUCUUCUUGUUUGUUUUUUUUUAAGGUUAAAAUCUUCUUUGUUUGAUUUAUCAGAGUUAUAUGAUGCCAAAUAAUAAAGUGGUAAGUGAGAUAUAUUUUUAGGCAAUUGUAAAGAAUAUGUUCUACUCUGUGUGGAAUGAAACAUUUUAACUUUAAUAAAGGAAACUUUAAAUCA